AUGUCCCCUUCCUGGGUCCCCUCCCCGCACUCGCACUCGCACUCGCAGGCCGAAGGUCUGAGCGCAACUAAUCAGUAUCCCCCGGCUGGCAGCCCGUCCUGGGCGUACGACAUGGGGGUGGCUCAGAGCUCGUCCAACGGUGUCGUAACCACCACCAUUUGCUUUAGCCGCCGCCUGAGUGAUAGCCGGCCCAGGGUAUCACAGAAUAUCACGACAGAUGGCAGCAAGAACACCACCUUCAUCUGGGCCAUCAGCACGGUGGAUGGCUUCAAGGAGCACUCCUCGGUCAACCGGGGAGGCUUCUACCUGGACCUGGGGCUGGCGGGUAGGUGGGCGGGUAGGGAGCCCCUAGCUACAGCUAGCUGA